UUUGGAGUAACACCAAGUGAUGCGGAAAAAAAACACACCGAGAGCAGAAAACUCUCCUGCAGACGCCAGCCUUGCCGCCGCUGUUGCCUCUGCCGCUGCCACCCCUACCCAGACUAACCUCCCAGGACUCCCCUACAGGUACAACCCAGGCAAUCGCAGCCCACCCUCCGCCGCAGGGAUCCACCUCUGGGCACCUUUCUCUCAGGAUGUGUUCCCAAAACGAUGGGCGGCAGAGGAGCUAGAGAAGGGUCCGAGAGACACAACCCCCCUCUUUUAUCCGUCCGGGAGGAGAAGGCAGCCAGCGGGUGGUUUUUCCUAAGGACGACUUCAGAACUUUUUUCCCCCUUCUCCCCCUUCCUCCCCCUCCUUCUCGCUGUUGUUAUGUGUCAGCACUUGGCUGAGGACUUCUUGAACUUGCAGAGAAAAUAACUACCCCUAAACCCCCUUCAAAACUGGUGGCUUUUCAACCGCGGGGAAAUUUUAUUUUCCUUUUACCCUCUCCCCUUCCCGGACCCCCAACUUCUCUUCCUGGAGACUCCGAUCAUCUCUGCUGCCACCCGGGAAAGGGGGGGCCGCCUCGGCAGGCACCAAAGAAGGAGGAAGGGAUACAAAAAUCACAGCUUCAGUCUCCACCGCCAGAGAUUUUUCCAUGUGGAGGUUGUUUCAAUGGACGUGCCCCCGUGUGCUUCUUAGUCAAUCGGCAGUCUCCUAAAGGUUGACCAUGGUUGCCGGGAUCCGCUCUCUUCUAGCGCUGCUGCUUUACCAAGUCUUGCUGGGUGUUUCAGCCGGCCUCAUCCCGGAGGUGGGCCGGAGGAAGUUCGCUGAAUCCGGCCGCUCCACGCCGCAGCAGUCAGAAGAAAUCUUGAGCGAGUUUGAGCUGCGACUGCUCAGUAUGUUCGGGCUGAAGCAGAGACCGAGCCCCAGCAAAAACGCGAUCAUCCCUCCCUACAUGCUAGACCUCUACCGCCUGCAUUCGGGCCAGCUGGGGGAUCCCACCAUGGACUACCAGCUGGAGAGAGCAACCAGCCGGGCUAAUACUGUCAGAAGCUUCCACCAUGAAGAAUCUUUGGAAGAGCUACCAGAAACAAAUGGGAAAACAGUCCGGCGUUUCUUCUUUAAUUUAACAACCAUCCCCAAUGAGGAGUUUAUCACUUCAGCUGAACUUAAGGUUUUUCGGGAGCAGGUACAGGAAGCUUUUGAAAAUAACAGCAAUCACCAUCAUCGUAUUAAUAUUUAUGAAAUUAUAAAGCCAGCAACAUCCAUCUCUGAACACCCCAUAACAAGACUGUUGGACACAAGGUUGGUAAAUCAUAAUGCAAGCAAAUGGGAAAACUUUGAUGUCACACCCGCUGUGAUGAGGUGGAUUGCACAGGGACAGACAAACCACGGGUUUGUGGUAGAAGUGGUUCACUUGGAUGAUGACAGAGCAGUCUCCAAGAGACAUGUAAGGAUUAGUAGAUCUUUGCAUCAGGACGAUCAUAGCUGGUCACAGAUAAGACCAUUACUAGUAACUUUUGGCCAUGAUGGCAAAGGACAUCCUCUCCACAAAAGAGAAAAGCGUCAAGCAAAACACAAACAGAGGAAACGCCUCAAGUCCAGUUGCAAGCGACAUCCUUUAUAUGUAGACUUCAGUGAUGUGGGGUGGAAUGAUUGGAUUGUUGCCCCACCAGGGUAUCAUGCCUUUUACUGCCAUGGGGAAUGCCCCUUUCCAUUGGCUGAUCACCUGAACUCAACCAAUCAUGCCAUUGUUCAGACUUUGGUCAAUUCAGUUAACUCCAAAAUCCCCAAGGCAUGCUGUGUACCAACAGAACUCAGUGCUAUCUCCAUGCUCUACCUUGAUGAAAAUGAAAAAGUCGUGUUAAAGAAUUAUCAAGAUAUGGUUGUGGAGGGAUGUGGGUGUCGUUAGCACAGCAGAAUUUUAAAAAAUAUAUAUUAGACAAAAGCAAAAAAAAAUACAAGUUGACACUUUAAUAUUUCCCAAUGAAGACUUUAUUUAUGUAAUGAAAUGGAAAAAAACACAGCUAUUUUGAAAAUAUAUUUAUGUCUACAAAAGUUGGGAAAACAAAUAUUUUAAUCAGAGAAUUAUUCCUUAAAGAUUUUAAAUGUAUUUUAGUUGUACAUUUUAUGUGGGUUCAACCCCAGCACAUGAAGUAUAAUGGUCAGAUUCUUAUUUUGUAUUUAUUUACUAUUAUAACCACUUUUUAGAAAAAUAGCUAAUUUGUAUUUAUAUAUAAUCAAAAGAAAUAUAGGGUUUGUACAUAAUUUUCCAAAAUUGUAGCUGUUUCAGUUGUGUGUAUUUAAGUUGAAAAGUAUACAUGGAAGGUUACUAUGGCAAAGUGCAUAGCACAUUUGCUUUUUGCAGUGCUACUGUUAAGGUCACAAGUUCAAGUCCAGAAAAAAAAAAGUGGAUAAUCCACUCUGCUGACUUUCAAGAUUAUUAUAUUGUACAAUUCUCAGGAAUGCUGCAGGGUGGGCUGUCCAAUCCAUGAGAACUGGCAUCUUCGUUAGGCAGAAUCUUUGGAUAAGAACCAGACAUUGCUGAUUUAAUAGAAAUACUGAAGUUCCCAACUAAUUUUCAGAGCGAUUACAGCAGGGCCAAUCGAAACUUUUAGUAAAAUGUUUGAACUUAUAGGAAAGUGAAUGAUGGCUUUUUAUUCUUCUUUCCUCAACUAGUAACCCCUUUAAAUAGCUGUCCUGGCCAAAGCAUUAAAUAAAAUAUAAGAGUUCUUCAUUAUUAAUAUUGUGGUCACGUAUAUUUAAAAGUGAUUUCUGCUGGCCCUUGUCUUAACAGAUGGGAAUGAGUCCUUUAAAACAAACAGACAAACAAAACAAAACAAAAACAAAACAACAAAACAACAAAAACAAAAAACCUCAAAUGGGAGCUUAUUAAACUAAAAUGAUCCCUUUCUUCAAAUUUUUCCCCGAGUAAAACAAAAUAUUGUCAUCCAUGGUUUCUGUCUACCCCAGUGCUGUCUGUCAAAUUCACUUGCUUUUCUUUCUAAGGUUCUGUGUUUGAACGCAUUUUCCAAAUGUUAAACCUAUUUCAGAUAAUAAAUAUUGGAACUCUGACAUUUCAUUCUACAAAGUCCAAUCUGUGAAAGAAAAUGGUGCAUUUAUACAGCAUUCACAAUGCUACCUUGUGUUCGCAUUGCUGCUUCUGAAAUCCUUCAUCUAAAAGGGGAGUAAAAAAGACCAAAAGAGGACUUCAAGUUUGCUAGUAAGAGGCUAACCAAACUUAUAUUUGCACCAAAGCAAUAUCGAAAAAUUUAACAUGUUGUUCAUUAAUAUUUUUUCUGUUAAAAAAAGAUUUAAGACCAAAUGAUCUAUCAAAACAGGCUAAAAUCUGGAAAAUAUGGAAUGAGGGUUCAGAAAUUAUAGAACUAGCAGGAAUUUAGAAAAGGAAAGUUUAUCAAUACUGCUUCUUCAGAAAUAUCUGCCAGUUUGACUAGAGCAUCUCCAUGUGUACAUCAGUGACUUCAGACUAAGGGAAAAAUUUAGACGGUUUCAUUGCUCUAUCCAAGGAACCUGGGGAUUACCCUGCUAUUUACAAGGAAGCUUUCAAGAGCUUUAGCAUAUAAAAUCCACCAAAGUGAUUAUAUUCGAUCCUGAUAGAGUUGAGAAAUCUAUCCCUAGAUUUUUUUUUAACAAAGUAAUUGUUCUGUGGUGCAAUUGACAGUUAUGUUUAGAUUA